AUGCGUAGAACCCAAAGCAGAGACUGCUCACAGGCAGAGGCGGAACACUCUGCGCUCCUAGGAGACGCAGGGCGCUCUCUCGGCGCCUCGGAGCGCGCCGACGUCAGCCAAGAGGACGACGACGUGCCAAACGUCCCCGUCUCAGUCCGGAGAGGCAUCGCCAUAUGCCUUGGUCUCGGGAUCUUGGUGUUCCUCCAAGCUAACGGCGCCGCGCCCGCCCUCGUAGCGACAAACAUGUCGGGCAUGACCAUGAUCCAGGGCCAAGUCGCUGAAGACAUUGACGCACACGUCGCCGCGUCAUGGUUCACCGCCGCCUACCUCAUCCCGCUGUCCUCGUUUGCGUCGCUCGCCGGGCGCCUAGCCACCGUCUUCUCCCCGCGCAGCCUGGUGCUGCCCGUGGGCGCGCUCUACGCCUUGGGGUCGCUCGUUACGGCCUGCGCCACGUCGUUUGCCGGGCUCGUGCUGGGCCGGGCCAUUGCGGGCACCGGUGGCGCCGGCGUCCUUGGGCUCUGCGUCAUCUUCGUGCUGGAGCUGACGACGAAGCGCCGCAGAGGGCUGUUUAUCGCGCUGGUCAACACUGGCUUUACCGUGGGCGUGGCGUUUGGCGCGGUCGUGUACGGGGCUCUCUUUCCGGUGAUUGGAUGGAGACCUAUUUUCGUGUGGCAGAUUCCCGUGUCGCUUAUCGGAGGCAUCAUUUCCUUCAUCAGCCUCCCGAGCAACAUGCAGGCUGGUGGUGGUGACCUGCUUCAUAAGCCCGUUAAUCUGGCAUUCACGGCUCUCAAUGCUAACCCGACGAGUCAGUGCUUCACAAUCGUGGUAUUCCUCUACAGCUUAGCCGCCGACAUCCACCCCGUUAGUCUCGGCCUCUCUCUCGUCUCCCUCGCCGCCUUCCUAUUCGUCGAGUACCGCAUCGCCGCCGACCCCAUCAUCCCGUUGCCGGUACUGUCCUCGCGCGGCGUCCUCUUCUCAUGCCUCGCGCAGCUCGGGCUCAUGACCGCCCGCUGGACGCUGCUCUUCUACACGCCCAUCUACAUGCUCGCCGUGCGUGGCGCGGCGCCCGCCCGCGCCGGCUCCAUUCUGAUCCCCACCAACGCGGGCUUCGGUAUCGGCGGCUUCGUAGUCGGCGCCCUGCACAUUCGCCGCGCCGGCUCCUUUUGGCUGCCGACGCUCGUCGUCAGCGCCGUCUUCGCCCUCAGCCUGUUUCUCAUGGGCCUGGUCGCGGCGCCGACCGCACCGAUGCCCCUCUUUGUCGCCGUUGUCUUCCUCAACGGCCUCGCGACGGGGGCCUCGCUCAACUACAACCUGGCGCACUUGUUGCACCUGUCGUACAAGGACACCGAGUACGUCAGCACGAGCUUGCUCGGCACGUUUCGCGGCUUUGGCGGCAGUUUUGGCACAGCCAUUGGCGGCGGCAUCUUUUUGCGCACUCUGAAGCAGGCCCUGACGGUCGGUUUUGCGGACCUCGAGGGCCAUCACGGGAACGAGAGCUUGUCGCCAAAGCACGCGCGCCUCGUCACCAGGCUACUGGGCGCCCCGGGGCUCGUCUUCUCGGGGGAACUGAACAUCGAGGAGCAGCAUAUUGCCAUAAAUGGAUACAGUGGUGCCAUUAGGGAUGUCUGGCACGCCGCGGCGUUACUUUCUGUAAUCUUCGUCGCUGUACAAGCGGCUGCAGGCUGGACAGCACCGGAAGACCGUAACAACAAAUGUGACGCGGAGGAGGAGAACCAGGCUCAUGCCGCAUUAUUAGAGAACGAAGGUGUCGGAGAGGCCUGA